GGGCCGACGGACGGCAUGCUCGAACACUACUGGCAGUUUGUCCGCGAGAACCCGUACGACUUCAACGGCUGGACCUACCUUCUGCAGCAUGUGGAGAAACAGACCAACCUGGACGCCAUCCGAGGUACCGCCGACCUGGAGCAGCGGAGCGGCUACACUGAGAGGUCUCUGCAGAUCCUAGAGCGAGCCGUCAAGGCGAUCCCGCUGUCGAUCGAGCUGUGGAUGGCCCUGCUGAACCAGUUUCGCGACUCGGUGAAGGGCCAGAAGACAGCGGAGGAGCAGACUCGAGCCAUUUGUGAGCGGGCCGUCCGAUGUGCCGGCGCCCAGUUCAGGUCCGACGCCCUCUGGGAAUGCUUUAUCCAGUGGGAAUCCACUCAUGGGGCCAUGAGCAACGUCACCGCCGUCUACCGGCGCCUACUGAAAAUACCCACUCGCUUGUACAACCGGCACUGGGACGAUUUCCUGCAGCACGUGCGGGACCAUCACCCGCGUGACAUCCUGGAGCGUGAAGAGUACGUGGCGCUGCGUCGCGCGUGCUGUCUCGAGCUGGGCGUGACGUACCGUGAGGAGUCCGCCUCUCCGCUCGCCGACCCUGCCAAGAUCCGGCAGCCCGAGGUGAAGCUUGUCAGUGCUAUCAAGGAGAAACUGGUGGCCUCCUUGGUCGCCAUUCACGAGAAAACGGAGAAGAAGGCCGAGAAACGCUGGAAGUUGGAGGAAAAGAUUAAGCGGCCCUACUUCCACGUGAUCGCGCUGGACCGGCGUCAGCUGCGCGCCUGGCGCGACUACCUGGAGCUGGAAGCGGCCGACGGUGACCACGACUCGCUGGUCAUGUUGUACGAGCGCUGCCUGAUCGCGUGCGCCCAGUAUGAGGAGUUCUGGCUGCAGUAUGCCCGCUACCUGGAGCGUCGGCUGCAGUCGGUGCCGUCGCCGUCGGCCGCUGAUGAUGCGGCCAUGCGGCGCCUGCUGGAGGCCGACCGGGCCGGCGGCGGCGGCGCCCAGUACGAAACAGAGUCGCGCCGUCUUCCCGAGGAACGGUCGCACGUGGCGGCCGGCUACGCGGCGCGUGCCAACCCAGCCGACGCUGUGCGUGAGGUGUACAAGCGUGCCUGCCUGGUGCACUGCCCGACGCGGCCCAAUAUUCGCCUGCAGUGGGCGGCGUUUGAGGAGAGCAUCGGUGAGCGAGCGGCCGCCGGCGCGGCGCGCGCUGACCACGGACGCUGCCGGCGGACUGCGCCAGUGCCCGUCGGCUCUCGUGCUGCGGUGUUCCGUCGGAAUACCAUUGCUUUGAGAGCAAAUCAAUCGCGUUUAACCUCGAAAUGGCCAGAAUACACUAACGCCGCGGAGCGGCGCCGCGGCCGGCCGGACGAGUGCAGCCGGCUGUACCAGGCGGCCGCCGACGCCGCGCCCGCCCACCUCGCCACGUGGUGGGCCAUGAAGCACGCCCGCUUCUGCUUCAAGAUUCUGAACAAGCCGGACAAGGCUCUGGGAAUUCUGCGGACGGCCGUCAAGCGGGACCGCUCCAACCCGCGUCUGUACCUGCACAUCCUGGACGUGUGCUACCAGCGCCACCCGGUGGACGUGAGGGGCGUGACGGCGGCGCUGACGCUGGCACUCAACAGCAAGGACGUGUCGGCGCGUGACAAGCUCGGUUUCCGGCGCAAGAAGGUGGAGUUCUUCGAGGAGUUCGGCUCGUUGCGCCAGCUGCGCGAGGCCGAGGACGAACUGGAGACGGCCGAGCGCGUGCUGGCCGCCACCGAGCGCAAGCAGGCGCGCCAGCAGGGACAGGACGCGCAGGAGCAGGAGCCGGAGCAGGAGGACGCUGGGGGCGCGGCCGGCCGGCCCGUCGCCAAGCGGCGGCGGAAGGUCGAGAUGGAGCCGACGCCGCCGCCACCGCUGCCGAAUCGGCCGCCGGCGCCGGCAGCGCUUCAGCCGUCCUCCUACGGCCAGGUGCCCCCCACCUGGGACCUCACCAUGAAGACGGACGCCUGCGGGUACGGCAAAGACCCGCAGUACAAGUGGUUCCAGGAGCAGGGCUACCGCGACUACGACGCGCGCGAGGCCGGCGGCUACCCGACCACGCUGCUCGAUCCCGUGUCGUCUGACGAGGAGAGUGCCGCGUUGGCGCGCUUGCGGCCGCCACCACCGCCGCCACCGCCAGCGCAGGAGACGGGCGCCUCGUGUGUGAACGUGCCUGAGUGGCUGGUGCGCGAGGGCGGCGAGCUGUGCCUCUCCGAGACGGACGGCGGUGUGUCGCUGAUUCGGUACUGGCCCCGCUUCAUGAACGACUGCGGUGUCCAGCGCAUGUUCCAUACGCUGCGCCGCUACGUCAAGUGGCACCAGACGCGCCAGGUGGCGCCCGACGGCCGGUUCGUGGCGCUGAAGCGGCUGGUGGCCUGGUUCGGUCCGUGCAGUCUGGAGGAGUCCGGCCUCAUGAUGCCCGCCAAUGAUAGCUGGGCGCCAGAGCUGCUCGACCUGCUGCAGAGGCUGAUGCAGCUCACGGGUCAGGAGUUCAACAGCUGCCACCUGAGCCUAUUCCGGAGCGGGCACGACCACGAGCCGUGGCACACUCACGACCAGCCGACGCUGGGCCGACAGCCGGCCAUCGCCAUCGUCUCUCUCGGUGCUGUCCGGAAUUUUGAGCUGCGCCAGAAGAGUGGCGGUGGCACCAGGUUCCUGCGGUUUCCGCUGUUCCCUGGUAGCGUACUGCUGAUGGAAGGCAAUACUCAGGAAGACUGGGUUCAUCAGGUUCCUAAGGAUCCUCUCGCUAAGGAGGAAAGAAUCAGUCUGCAGUUCCGGGUCAUGUACGAUCCAAUGGAUAUCCAAGCACAAAACAGGCCACGGCUGUGAAUCCCACCAUGAAGUCGGCAAUAGAGGUGCAGCACAUAGGCCGGCGGGGAACGUGGCGUCACUGGCCCAGAUGUGACUUUGUGUAGCUGUAGAGCGUGCAGGUGGAAGAUGUACUGCCUUGCACUGCAUUCAGCGUUAGAACAGUCAGAUGUUUGGCGUGGGAUGAUGGCGUUUGUUGUGAAGUAUUGUCGCAGGAGACUUCGCUUCACAUGUUUAAGAUGGUAUUUAGAUACGUUUUGAUCGCCACAAGUAUCGGUACUUUCAUCUCCAUCGGUCGUGUGCAGUGACGCGCGUUUCACUACGUAUUCCUAGUAGCUGUAAAAAAAUAAAUGCAUAUUU